CAGUCAAAUUGCUGCCGGCCAAGCGUCGGGGGCACGCGGUCGGCAGCCCGGCGACGCAUCGAUUCGCCGUCCGGCAGCCGCGAGGUGGGCCUGUCUCAAGAGGCAGCGUGCGUCGCGGUGGGGCAGCCGCCAACGCCAGGCUUUGGCAGACAAGCAUUCGGUCGAGGGGCGGUCGCGACGCUGUCGUCGACGCACCGACACCAUGGGCCUCACCAUCAAACGCGGCCCCGAUGGGCUGCCCAUCUUCUCCUUCGAGGACGCACCGGCCGCCCGCCGGGCCACGCCACCGCCGAGACCGCAGCGCAAGAUCCCGCCCCUGAUCCAGUACCGCUACCGCGCGCCAAAGAAUGCUGAGCCGGAGCGGCCGCGCGCGCUCCGCCAGCGCCGCGAGCACACCGUGACCUGGCCGGGCCCGGGCCUCACGGGCGUGUCUGCCGGCCACGGUACGCGUCUCAAGUCGCCGCAGAUCGCGGGCUGGAUUCCCUCUGAGGAGACGCCGGCCGCGCGCCUCCGCGAAAUUGAAAGAGAGAACGCGGAGCUGGUCAAGUUCAUCGGGCGGUCGCGGCCGUCACCCGCCAUGGAGCGGCCGCAGAUCCCGCGUGCCGGCGGCGGCCGCGAUGUUUUGCCUGAUAGACUAGAUCGGGACGCGCGGCCCGUAGUGUCGCCGUCGCGGCCGGCGCGGCCGCGGCGGCGGCGGCGGCCCGUCGCGGAGGCGCCGCUGCCGGCCGACUACGCGCGCUACCGCGAGGAGGUGCUCGGCGACGACAGCGACGGCGACGGGCCGGCCCUGGGCGUCGGCCCCGGCGUUGUACAAGCGCCCGCGCCCGCGCCGCAGCUAGAAAGCCCACCCUACACGCCGUCGCUGCGGCGCGAGGCGAGCGAGGCCUCGGCCUUCGAACGUGGACCGCAAUCGACGCCGACGGCCGAGCUUUUGGCCGGCGUCUUCUCGCCGCUCGACGAGGCGCCGCCGCCGCCCGAGCUAGUAAGGAUGGCGCCCGCCCCUCAGAAACGGGGUGGCAUGGUGCCCCGGAAGUCCGUGCGAGCGUCGCCCGGAAAGGACCCGCGCGCGAUCACCGCCGAGGCCGAGCGGCGCGCCGUGCUCGCGGCGACGCCCGAAAGGACGCGGAGCGGUUUAUUUCUUGCGACGCCUCAUGAAAUGCAACGGCCCGUGCGAGCGGAGAAACCUACUGAAGACGAGGAGCACGUUUCCCUUCAUGCAAGGCGCAAGCGCGCCGCGAGGGUCGCGCGGGAAGCGAAGCUCAAGCGCCAGAAAGAGACAGCCGCUAGAAAUGCGUUUCUGGACAUGCAACUGGCCAGGGCCGGCGCGACGCUCGCCCAGCUUUCGGUAGAAAAACGCCAUCGCUACGCUCAUGGGAUAGAAAAGACGGAGGAACCCACGAUAGACAUGAAAAUAAGAGCGAGGCAGGAGUACUCCGAGCUCGCGGAGUUCCACCUGACGAACCACGAGCGGUUGCUCGAGAAGUACGCGGGGGCGCUCAUGGCCGAAUCGCGGCAGGAGUUGGAUUUAAAUGGCGGGCCCAUGGAGACGGAGUACCGCGCGCUCGUGGCCAUGGAGGGUUUUAAACCUGAGCCGUCGGGCGAGAAGCGGUAUCCUACGCUACCUGUCGUGCGCCAGGCGCUGCUCGAGGAUCGCACGGUCGUCGAAGAGAAACAUCGGGCGCGGUUCGGCGACCAGUGGCUCCAGAACCGGUUCCAUGAACUAA